AUGUCUCGUGACUGCUGCCUCCGGCUGCCGGCGGUGAUCUGGGUGCUGCUGCUGGUGCCGACAGCCUUUGCCAUGGAGUGCCCCAAGAUCAAGGUGGGGACAUGCAACGACUGCAUCCGCUCCGGUCCCGGCUGCGCCUGGUGCAAGACGCCGAGUUUCACCAAAGCUGGUGAGCCAGACUCCAUCCGCUGCUACACCAUCGAGCAGCUGCUGCAGAGGGGCUGCUCGCGCGACCAGAUUGAGUUUCCUGUCAACGACAUUGUGAAGACACAGGACAGUCCCUUAAGCAAUGACAUACAGCUGACUCCCCAGGAGGUGCACCUGAGGCUGAGGAUAGGCCAGCCCGCUGUAUUUGAGGUGAAGUUUCGCCGUGCUACGGGAUACCCCAUUGAUCUCUACUACCUCAUGGACCUCUCCUACUCCAUGCUGGAUGACCUGGAGAAGGUGAAGAAGCUGGGAGGGGAGCUGCUCAGGGCGCUGGAGAGCACCACGCCUUUUCGCCGCAUAGGGUUUGGCUCCUUCGUGGACAAGACGGUGCUGCCCUUUGUGAACACGCACCCCGAGAAGCUGCAGAACCCCUGUCCCAACAAGGACAAGCAAUGCCAGCCUCCCUUCGCCUUCAAACACAUCCUCUCGCUGACCGACGACGCUGCCAAGUUCGAGAGCGAAGUGGGGAAGCAGUUUAUCUCGGGGAACCUGGAUGCCCCCGAGGGAGGGCUGGAUGCCAUGAUGCAGGCAGCGGUGUGUGGGGACUUGAUCGGCUGGCGGGACGCGACCCGCCUGCUGGGGUAGCGCAACGUGACCCGCUUGCUGGUGUACGCUACCGAUGACGGCUUCCACUUCGCCGGUGACGGCAAGCUCGCGGCCAUCCUGACCCCCAACGAUGGCCAGUGCCACUUGGAGGACAACAUGUACAAAAAGAGCAAUGAGUUUGACUACCCGUCUGUUGGCCAGCUGGUUCAGAAACUUACUGAAAACAACAUUCAGCCCAUUUUUGCUGUCACCAGUAAGAUGGUGGACGUUUACAAGAAACUUAGUGAACUGAUCCCAAAGUCAGCGGUGGGAGAGCUGAACGAGGACUCCAGCAACAUCAUUGAACUCAUCCAGGUGGCCUACAAUAACCUCUCCUCGCGGAUCAUCCUGGACCACUCCGUCCUGCCAGACGUCCUGGAUGUCAAAUACGACUCCAUAUGCAGUGAAGGAAAUAUUGUCAUGGACGAAGAAAGAGGACAGUGUGACAAUGUCAAGAUCAACCAUGAGGUUACCUUCAGAGUGAAGGUUGUGGCCAAGGAGUGCAUCAAAAGACAAUCCUUCACCAUCCGGCCGCUGGGCUUCACAGAUAUCCUCACCGUCCACCUGGACAGCAACUGCGAGUGCAACUGCAGUGAGCAACCCGACCCAACCGCCUGCAGCGGGAAGGGCACCAUCGUCUGUGGGAUCUGCAGCUGCAAUGCGGGCUACAUGGGGAAGAACUGUGAGUGUGAAACCAAAGGCAAGACCAGUAAGGAGCUGGAGGGCAGCUGCCGGAAGGACAACAGCUCGGUCAUCUGCUCAGGGCUGGGGGACUGUGUGUGUGGGCAGUGCAUCUGCCACACCAGCGAUGUGCCCAACAAGCACAUCUACGGCACCUUCUGCGAGUGCGACAACAUGAACUGCGAGUUUCACAACGGCUCCCUCUGCGGCGGUGAAG